AACAAAGUUUCUGCAACAGGCUAAGAAUGGCUAAGGAAGAACAAGUUAUGUUUAUAUAUUCAUUAAAUUACUAAGAAUAUUUCUUUUAUGUGUAAGAAAGUUAAUAUAAUUUGCAGUUAAUAUAAAAACUAUAGCAUUAUUUGUCAUUAUGGCUUCCUUUAAUGAAAAACACGAUUAUUCUAUUAAAUCUAAGGAAGAUGUUUUUCAUGCAAUGAACGAUGUAGAAGCAGAAGCUGAAAAAUGUUUAAAGUUUAUAAAUAGCAGAGAUAGAAAAGAAUCUCAAUUCACUGAAAAGUUACAAGGAUUAGAAGAUAAUAUGCAAGAGCUCUAUGUGAAGGAUCUAGCAAAAGUGUAUCAAAAGUCCAAUUUUAGUUACAAUUCGCAGUCCAAAAAUUUUUCCAUUUUUUCUACAGGAGAUAUACUAUCACAAAUCGAAACAAAUUCUGUAGUUGUCAUUAAAGGACCAACUGGUUGUGGAAAGACUACUCAAAUUCCACAACUCAUUCUUAACGCUAGUAUGAAGAAAAGGAUCAACUGCAACAUUAUAGUUACCCAACCGAGAAGAAUAGCUGCAAUAAAUAUUGCUAAAAGAGUGAGUCAAGAGGGAGGAUGGCCUCUUGGUAGCCUUGUAGGCUACCAAGUAGGUAUGCAGAAGGAAGUCUCAUCUGAGACUCGUUUAAUUUAUUGCACUACUGAGAUUCUUCUUCAGCAUCUGAUUCAUCAGAAGCAUAUGUUUAAUUUUACUCAUGUCAUAUUAGAUGAAAUUCAUGAGCGUGAUCAAAAUUUGGACUUUCUUUUAUUAGUUGUUAGAAAAUUGUUACAAACAAAUUCAAGACAAGUCAAAGUUAUUCUAAUGUCAGCAACGAUCAAUGAAACGCGAUUUGCAAAGUAUUUUUCCAGUCGAGUAGGAAAUAAUUUGAUCCCUGCACCAACUAUCAAGAUUAAGGAAAACAAAACUUUUAAGAUUUGUACGUAUUACUUGGACGAGAUAAAAAAUUUAGGAGUGAUACCAAAAGUGUUUGCUAAUGAACCAAAAAUCACUGAAGUGAUGAUUAACUUUUGCUCGCUUAUCAUUAAUGCUCUAGAUGAAAUUGAUAGAAAUGACAAUGAGGAAGACUCAGAUUCAUCUUUUACGAGACACGCUGUUCUUAUAUUUUUACCAGGAAUUUAUGAAAUUCAAGAAUUAUAUAAUUAUCUGUCGUCGGUUUAUCAUGAAGAUAAAUUGUGGGACCUGCUGAUUUUGCAUUCAUUUAUUUCUAGUGAUGAGCAGCAUCUUAUUUUUCUUAAACCGCCAAAAGAUCAUAGACGCAUCAUACUUUCCACAAAUAUUGCUGAAAGUAGUAUUACUGUACCGGAUGUAAAAUAUGUGAUAGAUUUCUGUCUCGUGAAGAGGCUUAAAGUUGAUCCUGUCACUCAUUACGAAAGUUUGGAACUUAAUUGGGCAAGUAAAGCCAACUGUGAGCAACGAGCUGGUCGUACAGGUCGUGUGAUGGAUGGCAGAGUUUAUAGAUUAGUACCAAAAGCGUUUUACGAUAUGUUGAACAAUGAGAGCACUCCAGAAAUAAUGCAUGCUCCUCUCACUACUGCCGUUCUCCGUGCCAAGAUUCUUGAUCUUGAUGAGCCACGUGUGCUUCUUUCUCUUUCGCUUGAUCCGCCGCCUCUUUUCAAUUUGGCGACUACUAUUAUGACCCUCAAAGAAGUCGGUGCUUUAGUAAAUAAGGAUAACUCUUUCCAGCCGUAUGACGGAAAAUUAACUGAUCUCGGCAGAAUAAUGGCGUUUCUUCCCAUCAACAUUCGAAUUUCGAAAUUAAUCAUGCUGGGUCAUGUUUUCGGAGUUUUACGAGACGCUAUUAUUCUAGGAGCUAGCAUGGCCGUUAAGGAUAUUUUUAACACGUCGUGUCAUCCUAGCGUCUCUUCUUAUAGUAAUCGGAGAAAAUGGGCUCGUAAUACCGAUAGCGAUUGUAUCGCCAUUCUACAUGUUUAUAAAGCAUGGCAAAAUGAAAAAGCAAACCGUCGAUUAAGCAGUUAUCAUGCCGAAAUACAAUGGGCUCAGAGAAACGGGAUCCAGGCAAAGGUUCUACGCGAAUUAGACGUUAUGGUGAAUGAAAUUACUUGUAGAUUGCAGCGAUUAGGCAUCACUGAGAGUGUCGGAGUUAAUAAAGUCGUCUGGCAAGCUAUGGAUCGUGACUUCGUGCUUCAAGUUAUUCUCGCAGGAGCAUUCUAUCCUAAUUACUUUAUUAAACGUUCAGGAAAUGUUGAAGAUUUUAAAGAAAAUAUCACAAAAUGUUUGGGUGCUGCCGAUCCUAUAAAAACAGUAUAUCUACGAGGUUGGCCAAUGGAUCAACCGGGAUAUUUGUAUGCUCAAAAAAUUCAGAAGAUUUUCUCUAAGUAUCAAGGAAUCCCAGAAAAACAAAUAGCAGUAUCUUUUGAUAAAUCGACACGCGUUUACGUACAAUUUCGCGAGAAGAAAUCGACAGUCAAUGAUGAAAACCUUUAUAAUAUAUCAAAUUUUGUCUAUCAGGCUGUCAAAAUGAAGCAAUGCAAUGUGCCAUUUGCGAUAAAAUUGUUAAAUACAAAAAAAGCAAAUGAAAUAGCGAGGCAUCAUGAUCUUCACAGAUUUGAACGGAGGCUUUUCUUUCAAAGAGGUGUGAAGAAAACUGAGAUUAAUAUUCUUAAAAUCAGGCCUGAAUUGCCGCAGCUUGAUGUGACUUUCAUACCUUUAUUUAUAUCAACCAUUAUUAGUCCUGGAUAUUUCUGGUCGAUCCUUAAUGACGAUGCCACUUACGAAAAACUACAAUUUAUUGAAAGAAAACUCAAUGAGCAUCCUUUGAAAAAACUUAUUUCUCUUUCCAAUAUCUCAACUAUAAUCGCCGCUCCGAUGGAAAAGGACAAUUCUUUCAUUUAUCACCGAGCCAUAAUAGAGGAAUUUACCUCAAUAAGCGAAGAAUUAAUCGAUAUUUUUUUCAUUGAUCACGGAUUCUCUUCCCGAAUACGAUUUAGCGAUCUAAGAGAAAUCGAUGACGUCGAAAUUUCAAAAAUUCCUUGUUUAGCGUUUCGUUGCAGUUUGGCUUGUCUGCGACCUGCAAAUCAAAUUAAUCCUUACGGUCGAUGGUCGAAAAUUUCAAAAAGUUAUUUUGGAACACAAGUUAAAAAAAGUCAGCAAAUUUUUGGAAAGAUUUAUUCCAUUGUUGAUAGUAUUAUUAAUUUAGAAUUGAUUGUUCUUGAUGAUAGAAAAGAAAAAUUUAAUAUUAACGAAGACUUGAUUGAGAAAGGAUAUGCAGUGAGGAAAGAAGAAAAUUAUUUAUCGAACUAUAAUCAUGAAGUAAGGACGAAUAUUAAUAAUAUCUCUGCGAUGUCGACAGAGGAGAAAGAGUUUUACGAAGAGGAACAAUAUGAUAAAGAUCACUUAUUAAAAUAUCCUGAACCACCCAAAGAAGAAGACUGCGACUUUAGCGUAAUACUCCAAGGCCCACACUCUCCCUUGGAAAUAGAAAUGACUCAACUAACAUUCGCGGGAAGAUCAAAAAAGAUCAACGUAGAACUAAAUUCCGUGAAUUCCGUUCUCUUGGAUGAUGAUCCCGAUCAAUCGAGGCGUCUUUUGGUCGCUCAGACCGUUAGUCAAGGAUCCAAUGACUACUUAAUUCUAAGAAACACAACAUUCUUACCAAAUAUUCCCGGACUCGCGACAUUACUUGUGCUUUGUUUUGCGCCGCGCAUGGAGUUGAGAUGCAACUCCCGGAAAACUUACUACACAGGAGCCUUGUGUGGUUUGGGCCCGAUGGAUAAUUCUACCGGGCAAGCUAUGUUUCCUGAUCACGAUAUAGAAAUUCUAUUUGACGUAGAAAUUUUUAUUGACGAUAUGAAUGAGAUAAAUAAACUGCGUUAUUGGAUAAAUGAAGGCAUGCAACUACACAACGAUUCCCACGAUUUUAAUGAUCAUAUUAUAAACUGUCAGAAUAGACUCCAGCGUAUUUUGCUCGAAUUAAGAGACAGACAAAGAAAAUUGCUAAAUCCACUGAUUGACGACAAUAAUGAUUAUUUUUCUAAGAAUUGGAAUCGCUACAACAAAUCAUUCUUUUUACCACCCACUAAUGAAACGACAAGAGAAUGUGAUAUAUAUCCGCUGCAUAAAGUGUUAGCACUGCUUGAGAAGGAUGAAAAGACGGAAGAAAUAUUUAAGAACCUCUCGGAUUUGCAGCGUCUCGCUUGCGAAGAUGUACAAAAGGCGAGAAAUGUUACCGCUUUCUGCAAGUUAUGCGAAGUAGAAACAUUUGGUCUAUUGGAGUUGCGUGGUCAUCUUUGUUCAGAACAACACAGGAAAAAUGAGGAAACGUUGUUAAUAGCUAAACGGAAUUAAAUAAAAAUUGCAGAUUAUUAUUAAUAUACUAAUUAUUCGCAAUAAUGAAGUAAAGUAAAGUAUUAUUUAAAUUUAUGUUAACAAUUCAUAUAAUAUUUAAUGAUUUAUUCAUUUAAUUAAGUAGUUCAAUAGUAAGUAAGUUUACAAUAUAGAUAAUAGGGAAUAAUUAUAAGUGAAUCAAAAAAA